UCAGGUGUGUAAUAUUGUCUCAUCUCGCAAUAUUCUAAAGUCCUUUAUUACAAAAUGGGCUACAGUGCACAAGAAAAAUCUGUUGUUGAUUUCUGUGAAAGUAAAAGUGAAUCUCUCUCUAACUGGGUCCGCAAAGUUAAAUGUAAGUCAUUAAAUGCCAAGACAAAGAGAAAGCGUGACCUGAGAAUAAUCGCUAUUUUAAGCCAUUCGUUAUCCCGUGCUGAAAGUGAACUAUUAACCAAACAAAGAGAACGUGCUAGAAGGUGGGCUCAAAUGCAAGCAGACCUCGGAUUAAAUAACAAAGAAGAAGAAGUGGCGAAGCAGCAACGUGAAAAAAUCAAUAAUUUCUGGAAGAAUGAUCUCAGCGGCCUUGAUAAUUUUUUCAAAGAAUUAGACAAUGUUAAACCAAUUAUGAAUCAACAAAUAUGUGUUACUCAAGUAGGAUAAUUAGGUAAAGUAAAAUUGUAACUGAAUCUGUGAUAUAUGUAGGAUGUUUUCUAAA